AAACAAGUUUUUGUAGUGUAAAAAUAAAUUAUCAUUUUGCAAUGCUUUUUAAUUACAAUACUAAAUUUUCUGUCUUUGCAAUUUAUACUGAAAUGGAUACGUUCUGUGUCAUAAAUCACACAUUCUAACUUCAUAAGUAGUGGUUUCAGAAAAUACACAAAUAUUUCGUCUUAGUUUUGUGGUGUGAUGUUUCGAAGUAGGAGCUGGUUUGGGGGUGGAUGGGGUCGCCCCAAGAACCCCCAUUCAUUGGAACGGCUCAAAUAUCUACAUAAUAUACUAUGUAAGAAUACAACUGUGUCUGAAAGUAACCGUGGCAUAUUGGUGGAAUCCUUAAGGUGUAUUGCUGAAAUUCUAAUAUGGGGAGAUCAAAACGACAGUUCAGUGUUCGACUUUUUUCUAGAAAAGAAUAUGUUAUCAUAUUUUCUUAGGAUAAUGAGGCAAAAGUGUGGAGGAUCUUCAUAUGUAUGUGUACAAUUACUACAGACACUUAAUAUUUUAUUUGAAAAUAUAAGGAAUGAAACAUCACUAUAUUAUUUAUUGAGCAAUAACCACGUCAACUCAAUAAUUGUUCAUAAAUUUGAUGUUUCCGAUGAAGAAGUUAUGGCAUAUUACAUUUCAUUUUUAAAAACACUCAGUUUGAAAUUAAAUAAUCACACAAUUCACUUUUUUUAUAAUGAGCACACUAAAGACUUUCCACUGUAUACAGAAGCAAUAAAAUUCUUCAACCACCCUGAAUCUAUGGUUCGCAUUGCCGUCCGUACACUUACAUUGAAUGUUUACCGAGUCCAAGAUGCCAGUAUGUUGCGGUUUAUAAGAGAUAGAACUGCAGCACCAUACUUUAGUAAUUUGGUAUGGUUCAUUGGUAAACAUAUCUUGGAGCUAGAUGCCUGCGUAAGAAACGAUGCUGAGCGUGCUUUUUUCAGCCAUCAAUCGCAGCAAAAGCUGGAUGACCUGGUCGCUGAACAUUUAGACCACUUGCAUUAUAUCAAUGAUAUUCUAUGUCUGAACAUUCCAGAUCUUAACGAUGUUUUAACUGAACAUCUUUUGCAUAAACUUCUAAUACCUUUAUAUAUUUAUUCGCUGACAUCGGGAUCUAUUAAACGUCCUACAUCUUCACCGUAUAACCGCGAUCAUAUUCAAAGUAUAGAAGUUAUUACGCGAAAUUUAGAAGCGAUUCUAUCCGGCCGAAGCUCCGACACACCUCCCCGUUUGAAAUAUCCAAUACAGAAGAUGGAGUCUGAAGAUGACUUAAAACCUUCAGUUUCUUGCGUAGUCUCUCUAUUUCUUUUAUCUCAAGUAUUCCUAAUCAUCACACACGGCCCAAUAGUUCACGCCCUAGCCUGGAUCAUUAUACAAUCCGACAUAUCGAUAUUUGACGAAGGGGCUAUGAACAUUCUAGAAACCUAUGUCAGUACAGCAAAAUCCAAUGUCAAAUUGGAGUUUGCAAAGCCCCAGCUGAGCUUAGAAAAGGCUUUAGAAUGUUCGACAUGCCACGAUAGAGAUUAUACGACCCCGGAGUAUAGUGGGGCCAAAGCUUUCGGCUACGAUACAGACCAUUCCAGCUGUGAUCUUGACCCAGAAUUGGUGUCGAAUUCACUUCCGUCCACUUCCCAUAUCAGCGAAACGUCAAGUAUCGCCCACGACUCAACAGAAGACUUAGUCACUCAAGUGCAAUCGAUAAAAUCGCCCGUCAAAGAAAAUAUGCCCGAUUCACCUCUCCCAGAUUCGGGAAUAGAUUCAACCUCGUCAAAGACAAUGUCAGAUCUCAAUAAUAUAACGGACGAAGAGAAGCAGCAAUUACUUGUAUCCCUAACGAAUACAGAAAAAAGUUUGACUCUUGAAAAUAUCAUAGACAAAGAGAGGAGAGACAUCGAUAAUAAACCGUUUCUAAAGACUAUUUUAGACUCGUUGGAUUGCAAUGAAGAUGAUUAUAAAGCGUUGUUUGCACUGUGUUUGUUGUAUGCUCUCAUUAAUAACAAAGUUGGUGUGAGCAGCGAGCUCCUUGACACAUUACUAAAAUCGGAAUUAGACGACAGUGAGAAGGUUACAAAAGAAAGUCGCGAUGAAAAUGUAGGCCAGGAACACCAGACGAAACCGAAAGAUCAUUUUAACGCUCUGUUGGUCGCUAAGUUGAUGGCCAUAGCCCAUCUUAGCUGUAAACCAGCUUCAAAAGUCCGUCUCGUGACCUGUGAAAUAACGGCUCGUCUACUAAAGAUAGCUAUGGAAGGAUCUAGUGGAGUACCGAGUGCGAGGCAUUUAUCAGCUGCGGACAAUCUACGCGCACGCGCAGCCUCAUUAGCCAGGAAUUUCUAUAAAUGCGACGAUAUUUUCUUAGACAUGUUCGAGGAUGAGUAUUGUGAGAUGUGCAAACGACCGCUCAACGUGGAAUGGCUAUGUAUGGAUGCGGCCAUCUUGUUGCCGCCAACAAAGACCCCCAUGUCCGGAAUCGCAUUUGAAAAGAGGUUGCCCAGUGGCGAGAUGGAACGAGCGCGUCGUGCGAUUCGUACGUUCUUCCUUAUACGUGAACUGUACUUAAAGCUCUCUGGCAAACAAGAAACUCAGUUGCCGCUCGCUAAUCAUGCACCUUUCGUACAAGUUGGCAAGACUUUGGAUCUCAAUGAUUCCGAUUUAAUAUCCUGCGAUAUAACUCAAAAAGACGGGACAUGGCAACACCGGUUUCUAGCAGUAGACAAUAUUCAGAUAAUUUUAGUGGAACCAGACAAGCAAAAACUUGGCUGGGGUGUCGCCAAACUUGUUGGAAGUUUGCAAGAUUUGGAGAUAACGGGUGAUAAAGAAGACCCCAGGUGUUUGCAUCUCACUAUACAUAAGCCUCGGGUUGGAUCGACUGGAGUAUCACCCCGUACUGUGCUGCUGAGAGCCAAGUUUAAAUUUGACGAUCAUAUACGGAGUAUGGCAGCUAAACAACGGUUAACUAAGGGUCGGACGAAAGCCCGCCAAAAGAAGAUGCAACAAAUAGGUCGAUUGCUUGAAGUGUCGGGAAUUUCUGCGCCAGCGGUUGCUCCGAGACAUAGGCCUUUGUUCGCAAGACCAUCACUCAGCACCGUUAGGAGGCAUUCUGGCAUAGAUGGCGAUGAAACAGAUCGACGUAUACGUCGUCCCAGCGGGCACGUGCUAAAAGAUGGCGUUAUAGUAUACCGUGAACGUACAACUAUGAGUAGAGACAGCAGCGUGUCCCGCGGCAGCAGUGGCAAGGUGUCGCGCGAGGGUUCGCAGGAGGAGAUCCCUCUCGAGGAUAUCCGUAGAAACUCUUCACACCCUGCCACGCCCUCUACCAGCCGACAGCAGAGUACUCCAAGCACGUCUCAACUUCCGAAGGUUUCUCGUACACCUUCAGAAGAAACAUCGUUCAUAUCGGGUGAGAGCAGACCCAAACGGAAAGGUAUUAUUGAAACUAUUUGAUAUCGACACGAUCUAUUUUGGGAUAUUCAUUAAAGGGUAUAAGAACUAUAUUUUCCAAUUAUUAUUUUUUAUCAUAGGACUAUGUUAUUGAUGAUAACUGAAGCACUCUUUUACGUACGUUUGUCUCUUUCUGUCAAUUUGAGUUUACGCUGUGAUCAAAAGAGACCGGUGAUUUUAGUUAGAAUGUUUGUUUUGUCUCACUCCAUGUUGUUUUUAUUGAGUUAUAAGAUAAUUUAACGAAAAUAUACUUUUUUUUAUUAACGUAACGUAUUAAAAUGAUUUUUUUUAACUUCUAAUUAAACUAUUCGACUUCGAAUAUCAAAAUUAUAUAAAGUAAAUAAAAAAUAUAUAUGUGAAAAGGUUAAGGACACUUCCAUAAUUAAUUUGUAUAUUUUUUACAUAUCUUGAUGUGUCUGUCAUGUUUCCCUAUUGAUAAAUAAAUAAAUAACAACUUUUUAUUCAAGUGUGAGACUGCAUAAAAGUCUAAUAAUAAAAAUCAUUCAUCAAUCAGUAAGGCAUGAUCGUAAUGUUAGCUGUUUUUUCGUGUGAUCUCUUGUUUUCGAAAGUCCUCAAUGUAAAUAUGUAUUUUAAAUGUAGUGUAUUUUGUUAGUCGAAAUUCUUAUUAAUCUAACCAUUCCUUUAUUUUAAAGUCUUCCAUUUUUUUGUAUUACAUAGUAUAGAUAAUAUUUUUCAUUGUCCUAUAUAUAUUUUUAAAUGUACAGUCAUAGAUAUUUUUGUGUUAUAUACUAAGGUUGUGUUGGUUCUAAUUAAAAUUUAUUUAAUUUUUAGUUUCAUUACAUUAGCAAUCAAAUUAAAAAUACUUCUUGUUAAGUUAAUAAAAUACAAAGUUUGAGAGCUUUUGAGGAUAGAUUUGAGUAUACGUGUCUCAAACACGUUCUAUUCUAUUUAUAUAAAAGCGCAACCUUUGAUGUCCAUUCCUCCAUAACAUGAAAUUAUUUUUUUUAUACAAUUAAAUAUUUGUCUAAUUAUUUUUAGCAUUGUUCGUAAUUUAUUCGGUAUCCCACAUUUUGUAACAUUAUUCUGCCAUAUUUCGUAAAUAAAUCACAAGUUCUGAAAAUGUAUUUCAUCUCUUUAAAACAAUCUAGAACUUGUAGCUAUAACUAUUAUUUCAAAUAUAGAAACCAGCCAUUUCGUAAGCCAUAAAACGUCUUCAUUGGACACACGUAUGGGUAGCUUUGACAGUUUUUUUUCUAAUACGGGAAAUUGUAUUUUUUUAGUAUUUUAUAAUCUAUGCCAAUUACGGUUCUCUAAUUUACACGUAAACAUUUGAUUCAUUAACGUGCAUUAUGAUGCAUAUCAUUAUUCUGUAUUUGAAAAUUAAUUUGACAAAAUUGGAUACUCUAUGCCUAUACUCUAUAUUGGGCAUAGAGUGUCUGUCAUCUUAUGUCAAGUUAACUGUCUUAUUAGUAACCUUUUAAGUGUCAUAUUAUUGUAACUUUGAAUAAAAAAGCAACAUAUUCGUCAGUAACUUGGAAAGAUUUAGAACUUUUACUUCCACAUGAGUUCUGCGCAACUUCCGACACUUGUCUGCAAUAUAAUCCAGGUCAACACGUAAAUAUACUGACGAAGAAAAUUUUCAUGUUUGCUGAAGUAAUUUUUCUUAAAUAUUUCCGUCAUAUAAAGCUGUUUGUGAUAUUUAAGUAUUAACAUGGCCUAGAUUUAUUUACUCAUUACCUAGCAUUAUUAUCUUCAUUUUAGACCUUUUUAUUAAAUUUCAAUUGUUUUUCAAAUUUUCAAUGUAAACUAUGUACCUAAAUCAACAUAAUCCUUGUUAGAAAUUGAAUAAAAAUUCCUGGUCCAUUAGUGUAGGUUUAAUGAUUUAUCGUAUAACUAUAAAUAUUCAUUCAUUCAUUCAGAACAUAGCGCUAUACCAAUAUUGGUCUUGAAUUCUCGUGAAUUGUACUGCGAAAGACCCUUUCAAAAUUUAUGUUUAUAUUUGUAUGUAAAUUUAACUACUUAAAUUAUCAAACACUUAGCGAUAAAUCUGGACUUUUUUUAAUGGAAAUGAUACAGAAUUUUGAUUUCGGCCUUAAUAAGAAACAAAACUAUAUUAUAAAAUUGGUCAUAUAAAGGUCUUUGAAAAGCGUUUCGAAGAAGCCCAUUAAAUAUUUUUUCAGCUUACAAUACACGAAAAUUUAAGGUACCAGGUUGGUGGUCAUAGUAGUUACAAUUGAUAUUUUUAUGAUCCUAAUGUAAGUUUUUAAUUAGGGGUACAAAAGGUUUGAUUUAUAUGAUAUGAUCAACAGUCAUUUAUAUAGUGUUAUAUGUGGAGGAUAUUACGAAAGAAUAAAGUAUGACUAACAAAGUUAUAUGAAAAAUACUCAAUACACUUAUCAGGCAACGUUUCUCAUAAACCAUUGUGAUUAUUGAACUUGAAGAUCACUAUUAUGAAUCACUAACGCAUAUACAAUUAAAAUAUUUUCGUAUCUGCUUAUUAUAUCUUUAAUAAAUGUAUAUGUUUCAUCAUUUAGGUUAAGUAAUGAAACCUAGGCGACAUAAACGAUUGUAUAAAUGACUUUGGUGUAUUAGCAAAUGGUAUGAAAGUUUGGAACUGUCUUGUUUGUGUCAAAAUAUAUGUAUUUCGUAUUCUAUGUUGUGAUUUAUAUAAGAUGCAAUGUAAAUAAGUAACUAGUGUUGGGAAAUAUAUGAAAUGUUAAAUA